AUGUGGUCAACCCUCCUAAUCACAUUUUUCAUCUCGUUCUUCCCAUCCGUCCUCACAUCAGCCCUCAUCCCACCAUCCAAAGAUGCCUUCUAUGACCAACCAGCCAAUAUACACACCUAUAAUCCGGGCGAGGUAAUCCGCUCUCGCACCGUGGAUCCCCAGCUGGAAUCCUUCCUCUCCUUCCCAGUGAAUAUAUCCGUCAAGGCAGUGUCCCAAUUCUUAUUCCGGACAACGGAUAAUCUAGGUGACGCCGCCGCAGCCGUCGUCACACUAAUCGAGCCCUACAACUCCGACCCAACAAAACUCCUGGGCUACCAAACAUUCUACGACAGUGCAAACGUAGACUGCAGUCCCUCCUACACACUCCAAGCCGAAAAUGAAAGCCUAUCGAAUCUACUCGCAGGCAACGUCUCAGAAGAUGUCCCAUUCAUGGUAGCGGCCCUAAACCAAGGCUGGUGGCUCUACACAACCGACUACGAAGGCCUGCAAGCGCAAUACACAACGGGUCUUCAAGCCGGCUAUGCGGUCCUAGAUUCCACCCGUGCAGUCCUCUCUUCUGGAUCUAGCCUCGGCCUCUCAAACCCUAAAUACGCCUUAUGGGGCUACUCGGGUGGAAGUCUAGCGUCCACCUGGGCCGCAGAGCUGCAACCAUCCUACGCGCCUGAGCUCGAUUUCGCCGGCAUAGCAGUCGGAGGCACGGUGCCUAAUAUCAGCUCGAUAGUAGAAACAAUCCAUGAUACCUCUGCGGUUGGGUUAGCGUUUUCGGGUAUAUAUGGACAAUCGAAAGCUUUCCCCAAUAUGUCUGUAUGGUUGGAAGAGAAUCUGUUACCUGAGCAGACGGAUGAAUUCUAUUAUAUCGCAAAUGGGUGUCUAGCUCAAGCGACGUCUAGGGGACUGGGGAAGAAUUUGUAUUCGUUUUUCCGUGGGGGAAAGGCUGCGUUUGAGAUGAGUGUGCCCAGAUCUGUUUUCCAUUGGACGGGGCAGUUGGGGCUUCGGGGGGUUCCUGUUGCGCCGCUUUAUAUUUACAAGGCUGUUGGGGAUGAGAUUAGUCCUGUUGCUGAUACUGAUGAGCUUGUGGCGGAGUAUUGUGCUGAUGGGGCGAGAAUUGAGUAUCUGAGGGAUUUAGUGGGGAACCAUGAGACUGAGGGUAUUGUGGGUUCGGCGGGGGCGUUGGCUUGGUUGAAGGAGAGGUUGGAGGGCGUUGAGGUGAGUGGUGGGUGUAAGACGAAGGAUGUGGUUGUUAGUGAGUUGAGUUUGGACUCUGUAGGGUUCUUUGGGGAGGAGCUUUAUUCUAUUCUUGAGUCGACUUUGGGUGGGUCGCUUUAG